UUCAUGAGCAAAACUAUAGAGUUCAGGUAGUAGUUAUUUGCUGGAUGUUACACACAUCUGUGAUCAUACCCAAAAGAGCAUGAAAAAUGGGAAUAUGUUCAAGGAAUUUAAAAACAGUUGACAUGAAGGUACCGUGACGUAGAAACAGAUACAAAGAACACGUUACCAAAAGCUCGUAAAAUGAAAUGAUGCAAUUGUAGGUAAGGCUUAAUACUGUGCGUAAAAAAAUUAGAGCAGAAAGUAGGUUAUCCAAUAUCUAUGGGCUAGGGCAGAAGGUCUAUGCUAUGCUUUACUCUCUCUCUUAAUGCUUUGAUCUUCAAAAAGCGUGUAGUUAUUCUCUUUCAUAGAAAUAAAGCAAACGAAAGUCGAGAAUCGAAAGCAGAAGAGCUGGACAGCGUAUUUGGGCCUUAAUUUCUCACUCUUUUCUCCUUUCUCUCGUUUCUCUCUUCUUUUUUCCCGAUUCUGAAUCUUCAAUCUGAACUAAUUCCCUCUUUAGUCCCAAAAUUAUAAUCAAUAUCCUGACAGCCACAUCCCCGCCGGCCGCCAGUCCCCAAGACCACAGUUGUUGUCUCAACACCCUCUUUUUUCUUCACGUAUACACGGGCUGACACGACCCAAACGCACAGUCAAAAAAAAAAAAGAGUGAAGGAUAUCCGAGGAUCCGGAGCUCGCCACCACCGUCACCACACCAACAAAGUAGGGAAACCCUUAGCAGGCACCAGUGCCUUAAUGACUAAACAAAAGAAUGCUCUUCUCCAAUUGUAGCAGCUUCAGAUUUUUUUGCUCUCACUGUCCCUCUUCUAUGCUGCACUCUCUUCCCAAACACAUCAUCAAACGCCGCAUGCUUUCUCUAUCAUCAGCAAACAUGGAGGCAGAAUCAGCUAGUGUGUUGGUGCUUUGUGGGAAAUCCAAUGCAGAGAACGAAUUUGCUCUAUCAUUGAAGAGUAAUAAUGUUUUGAGAUUUCUGGAUAGCAAUCCUGUUUCAAUUUGUCUGCAUUCAGAGAUUAGGAAUCUGCAUUGCGAUUCUGAAGGAUUCCAGGUUGAUCAUUAUAUGGAUGUUCUCUCUACUUCACAAUUUGGAAGAUUCUUAAUGUACUCUCCAAGAUUAGGCUCCACACACGAUGUAGUUUCGCACAAUUUUGGUGAGCUGCCAAUUGGUGCAGUCUGUGUUGCAGAUGUGCAGACCAAAGGGAGAGGUCGGUCUAAAAACGUGUGGGAAUCUCCAAAAGGAUGCCUAUUAUUUUCCUUCACUAUACAAAUGGAGGAUGGCAGAGUGGUGCCAUUAGUGCAGUAUGUGGUUAGUCUUGCUGUGACUGAGGCAGUUAAAGAUAUUUGCCAGAAAAAGGGCAUACAACAUCUUGAUGUUAAAAUAAAGUGGCCAAAUGACUUGUAUUUAGAUGGCCUUAAAGUUGGAGGCAUUUUGUGCACAUCAACUUAUAAGUCAAACAAGUUUAAUGUCAGUGCUGGAAUAGGCUUGAAUGUCAGCAACGAGAAACCAACUACUUGUUUGAAUGCAACUCUACAAAAAUGGACUCCUGUUGCUCAUGAACUACAACGAGAAGACAUAAUGGCAGCCUUCUUCAAUAAAUUUGAGGAUCUCUACACUGUUUUCAUGGGCCAAGGAUUCCAAUCUCUUGAGCCGCUGUACUAUAAAACGUGGUUGCACAGUGGGCAAAGAGUUAUAGUACAGGACAAAAAUGAUAAUCAGGACCAAGUUGUGGAAAACGUUGUCACAAUUCAGGGUUUGACAUCAUCUGGAUAUUUGUUAGCUAUUUCUGAAGAUGGUCAAACAUGCGAGCUUCACCCUGAUGGCAAUAGGUGGUUAUGUUGAGCUCGGCAUAUCAGGAAUUGACAGAAGAGGAACAGUAUAUUAAAAGUAGCAAGAUUUUCUGGUGGAUUUGCCCAAGUAGGGUGUAUAUAUAUAUAUAUAUAUAUAUAUAUAUAUGAACAUUUGAUGAAAUCAUUCUUAGUACACAGAAAAUGUGAAUUGAACGUUUUACUGAACCGGUAAUAUUUAUGAAGAUUUCACAGACUAGGAUGAAGAAUAGUCUGCACAAUUGUCCUAAGAUCUAUAAUUGGACUGGCAAAUGCUUUAAAUCUUAAAGCUUUACCAUAGUUUUAACUAAGUAUUCUCAACAUUGCUAGGAUUUUUUGCAACUAGAAUUUCAAGACAUAUGCUCUGACUGUUUAAAUAAGUUGCCAUUCAAUGACAAAGGCUUGUUGAUGGUUGUUGCCUGUGUUCCUAUUUUGUUUCUUUUGGUGUAGAUCUUUAGCCUAAAUAAUCUAUUCACAACUUUGUUUACUGUG